AUUUCAUGUUGAAUGUUGAUUUCAUGAUAUUCUUCAUUUGAUUGUUAUUUUUUUAGUAUAUUUUCAUAUGGGUCAAGUUAUUUCGUAAUAAUGUCAAAUUCUAUUCUUCGUGAAACAAAGAACUUGAAAUACACGAGUUAUAUUAUCUAACUAGAGACGGAGUGUCUCUAAGCAAAACAUUGUCCGAGUUAGCAGAAAUUGAUAAAAGUAUUAGUUCGCGAUACGGUGCCCGAUAGUAUUUAGCAGUGAGGAUAGAUUGAAAAUAGAAAUACUGUACUCGAUAAAAAGCAAAUCUUAGUGUUUACUUCGUUUGUGUCAGCGGUUUCGCUAUAAUGGAGGCAAAUGGCUGCGUGCCCCCGAAAGUAAAAGUGGAGCCAGAAUGGCACAGCGCGGAAGACGAGGUUUCUCCGUGUGUAAUCCUGUUACCAGAACAUAUGCAAGUGAAGGUGGAGGUGGAGUUUGAAGAGCCCUCGCCGGGCUCCAGCAACGCAGAGUUGCAGCGCCUACCGCCGCUCGCUGCUUCAACUGGCAUGUUAACAAAGCAAAAUCCGCAACACCUACACGCUUUUCUCGCCUCGAUGCCCUGCCCUCCUCUCGUGCCGCUCAGCAAACCCCGCUCCGCUCCGCAACCACAAGCUCGGCACACCGGAGCGACUCAAAAACAACAGACGAGCGACAAGACUGAGACAAAAAAUUACGUCUGUGACGCUUGCGGGAAAACAUAUCAACAGAAAUACCUACUAAUCCGACAUCUUCAACUGCACCUCAAAUCUAAGAUAGAUAUAAAAAUAAAUCGAAAGAAAUACGAUUGUGGCACAUGUGGACUACAAUUCUUAGACGAAUCCGAUCUACAGAAGCAUAAGUUAAGUGAGGGUCACACUGGACUCAGGAAGUACCCGUGCGACGUGUGCAAAAGAGAAUUUUCCCGCGCAAGCGCCUUAAGCUUACAUAAAAUGAUACACAGUGGAGAGAGACCGUUCCCCUGCGAAAUAUGCGAAAAGCGGUUCAGACAACAGAAUGAAUUGGACAAACAUAUUAUGAGAAUGCAUACAAAUGAACGGCCGUAUAAGUGUGAAGCGUGUGAAAAGCUAUUUAAAACUGUGUCUGAUUUACGUCAACAUAUAAGGUACCACACUGGUGAAAAGCCGUUUACGUGCGAUAUAUGUCAAAAAAGCUUUUACGCUUCCGACUCUAUGACUAAACAUAGACGGAUCCACACUGGCGAGAAGCCAUACAAAUGUGAAACUUGUGAAAUGCAGUUCACGAAUAGAAGCGGUUUAAUAACACACAGACGAACCCACACUGGUGAAAAGCCAUACUCAUGUGAAGUAUGUGGUAGAAAGUUUUCACAAAGAAACAUAUUAGUGACUCAUAGAAGAACUCAUACUGGUGAAAAAUUUUCGUGUGAUGUAUGCAAUAAGCAGUUUACACGUACUUUUAAAUUGAAAGUACAUAAACAGAAACAUGUGAACGAAACCGCAGAGAAACUAGAUGUUCACUAUUUUGGGAUUAAGCUAGAGUACGAGGGGAAAGUUGGAAAGCAAGAGCCUUCCUGCUACGAGCAGUACACCAACUAUGAGGUAAAGGACGAUCUUGUGGUCAAGGAUGACCAUGAGGUCAAGGCCGAUCUUAUGCUGAGCAUGGAGAGUGCACAGCCCAAAGAUUCUAACCAGCCAAUAGCCAUGAAACCGCAGCUAGGAUCGGAACCAGAACCCUCUGCCGCCCUAGACGCGCAACAUAGCAACCAAGGAAAACCAUUCUCCUGCGACAUAUGUAAUGAGCAGUUUGAGUUCUACAAUCAUUUUACUGCGCAUAAACGGCUGCAUAAAGGCAAAAAACUCUACUCCUGCAAUAUGUGCGAGAAACAAUUCGUACGCCCAAGUGAAUUGACUAUACAUGAACGUUCACAUACUGAAGGUAAACCCUACUCAUGUGAUUUUUGCGGAAAGAAGUUUUUGCGUUCAAUAGAACUAACAAAUCAUAGGCGGAUACAUACUGGCGAAAGGCCCUUUGAAUGUGAAGUAUGCAAAAAGAAAUUUGCGCAUGCAAGUAUUUUGCAUUUACAUAAACGAAUUCACACAGGUGAGAAGAACUACUCAUGCGAUAUCUGCAAUAAGCAAUUUGCGCGAUGGAAUGGCCUGGUUAUACAUAAAAAAUAUCAUACAGGUGACAGGUCACAUUCUUGUGAUCUCUGCGAAAUGAAGUUUGUAACCUCUACUGAUUUGAAGAAACAUAAACAGACGCAUAAUCGUGAAAAGCCAUAUUUGUGCAAAAUUUGUGAAGAACAGUUCGAUGACAAGAACGCUUUAGUGAAGCACAGACAGAGCCAUAUAGGUGAUAGUAUGUGUAAGGAAUUGCUGUGCGACAUUUGUAACAAGUUAUUUGCGAGUGCGGAUCAUGUGUCCAGACAUAAAAAGUUACACAGUGGUGUGAAGCCGUAUACUUGUGAAGUAUGCAACAAACAAUUCGCGAAUUCUAGUUACUUGAUCAGACAUAAAAAAAUACACACCGGCGAGAAGCCACACACUUGUGAAAUAUGCGAAAAGCGCUUCACAAAUUCCAAUGGCCUGACUAGACAUAAAAAAAUCCACACUGGCGUAAGACCAUUUACAUGCGAAGUAUGUAAGCAGCAGUUCAGUGAAUUGAGUAAUUUAAAUCUUCAUAGACAAAAACACACGGGCGAAAAACCGUACUCAUGCGACGUAUGUGAAAAGAAAUUUGCUCGACCGGAUUAUUUAAAGAUUCAUAAACGAUUACAUGUCGGCGAGUCUCCAUCAAAGACUGAUGCUCAGUCAGUGUCAAACGUAAAUGGUUUGACAGAAAAAAUAACUUAGUUGAGUUAGCAGUAUAACUAAAAAUUAAA